AUGGCUCCAAUUGCUUUUGAUACGUCUUCUAAUGAUGCAAGCUUGUUCCAUACCGGAGAACACACUAAUCAUGCGACUAAAGAAACAGUAAAAUUUUUUUUAAGUCAAGAGGAGCAGCCGCAGCAUGUUCAACAAAACCAAGAGCCUUGUCAAAAUUCUCGCGAAUCAUUACAACCUGAAGAAUUGCUUGAAGUUCCACAAAAAGAAAAUGUGCAAAACCAAACUUUUAAAGUUUUGGAGGAUCAUAUUUUGGACCAAUGUUCACCUUCACAACACACUACUCAACACGAAGUACCGCAGCAGGAAGAUAACAAGGAUAAUAAAGAACGUGCAAUGAAUAUCAACGAUAUAGAAGAAACUACCGACUCACAUAAUUUGGAAGAAAAAUUGUUAAGAGAUAAUGAAGAGGCUGUUAAUGUUUUAAAAUUUCAAUUGCAACAAGUAAAAGAAGAUAUUUGCAAAUUGAAAUCAAUGAAGGAAAAGGCCUUAAAGGACCCAAUUCAAUUUGUCGAAGAUUUGCGCAAUGGGGAGCGGGUGAACCCAUCUUCAAGUGAUAGAUCACGAUCUGGUCGAGAGUCCUCACCAGACAUCGUUGAAUUUGUUCACCAAAAAGCUCAAGAACUUGGUUUCAAAGUUCCUCAAAACGCGAUAAAAUCAACGCGUUCUAAGAAAAAAAGAAUUAAUCAAACUUAUAUGGAAGCACAACCUCCACCCACUUUAUAUAUGCCUGAUGAUGAUGAUGAAACUGUCACUAAGGAAGUAAUGUUAUUAAUGGACAAGAUAGGCAAUGAACCCAAG